AUAAAGAAUCUUCACCAAUGAAAUCACGUGCUGAACAUGAUCGUACAGUAAAUGCCCUUGCAUCAGAUAUUUUCUGGCCAUUAAUUAUGGAACAAACACAACGACGAAGUGAAAAGAAAACUUCAUCAUCAGCAUCAUCAACAGCAACUACAAAAUCGAUUGCAUCCAAUUCAUCAACGACUAGUUCAACAUUAGGAAGAAAUCGUUUAAAUAAACAAUUACCAUCUAUAACAAGAUCACAGCGUAGUCAUCCGUAUAGAACAUCAUAA